AUGCUUCCACAAGUGCCCCAUAAUCCACUCUUUGCAGACCGUCUUCCGCAGCCCAGCAGCUACGCAUCCGCUCCCAUAAGACGGGAGUACGACGGUACAAGAACAUUCAGCUACACCGAUGCUUAUUCUGCCCACAUUCCCAGUGAUUUCUCCAUGCAAAAUACUCAAUCGCCACCGACAAUAUCACAUCACAGUUAUCAGGAAGACCAUCCUUCAUCUCCCUUUCCAUCCAUCAGCACAAGUCCAUUCCACACUUUGGAUCCAACCAGACAAUAUGAUUCUGUUGAACCGGAAAGAAACCAGUCUGUUGAUCCAUUGGCUGGAAGGUUGACCAUGCGCUAUUCGUGCAGGACAAGCCCGAUACCAGACUGUGAUACAUAUGGUCACCAGCAACCCCAGCAACCCCAACAGCAGCCUAAACGUCAGCAGCGCCAGCAGCAACAUUCUCAGCAGCAGCAACCCCAACAGCACCAUCAUGAAAAUAAGAAGAUAAAGGUCCAGUCAUCGACACCGCUUGAAAGACCUUAUACGUGUUUAUUUCCUAAUUGUGGAAAGGCAUUUACGCAACAGGGAAACCUUAAGACACAUUCCAGAAAGCAUACGGGUGAACGACCUUAUCAUUGCUUAUUUGCAGGAUGCCAGAAAGCAUUUACUCAACUCGGUAAUCUCAAGACACACGAGAAGAUACACUGGCCAGUUAAGCCUUACAUAUGCCAAUUCGAAGGAUGUGGCAAAGGGUUCACACAGCGUGGAAAUCUAAAGAAAGUAAAAGGAAAAGAGAUUACAGAAUGA